UCGAAGUUGUGAGUCGUGAAGUUGUGAUGAACAAGUAGUAGUAGGUGUUGAACCCUUCGUUGUUGAUUAAACAAAAAUUAAAGUCAAUGUCAUGGCGUAUUCUAGACAAAUAUCGUCGUUUUUGACGUUCCUUGUUGAUUUUGCUCAGAGAAGAAGAAAUUGAAAGAAAUUAAUGGAGAAAAGAAGGAGCUUCAAAUUGAAGCUGCAAUUACCGCUCUUUCUUUUCAUCACUUCAUCAUAUCUUUCUUCCACAUUCUCACUUGAUUUCCCACCUUCUUCUCAUGGAUGCUUCUGGACGGAUUCUUGUCAGAAUAAAUGGUUCGGAGGAUGUGGUGCAGGUCAUGUCUUAAUAGACUACUCAGAUGACUGUAAUGGACUUUGCCCGCAGCCUGGAUAUGAUUCAUGCCAUCCAUUUUACACUCAUUUUCACUGUUGCAAAUCAGAAGCCCCAAAGGUGACUGAUAAGUGUGCAAAAUGUAAAAGUAAGGUAGACUUUGGUGAUGAGUACGUAUGUUGUAUGGACUGUUCAGAUCCUUCUAUCACAGACAAAACUGCCAAAGUUGGUUAUUGUAAGACAGGGGCGGAGUUAGCUGUUCAGCAAAAACCACAAGAAACAUUUAAGUGGGUUACUGGCCCAUGGAUGCCAUGUUCAUCUCCUUGUGAUGGAGGGGUUCGGUAUCGAGAUAUGGAAUGUUAUGGGCAAUUGGAGGAUAUGUCCGUUCCACAUUAUCCAGUGGAUGAAAGUAGAUGCUCCAGGGAAGAAAUGCCACCUGAGCAGGAGGCCUGCAACUUGAAAAGCUGUGAAGAUAUGGCUGAAAGUGAUUCUUUAGAAAGCAGCAAACAUAGUGGCAUGUCUGCUUGGUUGGUUAUGCUGCUUAUUUUAGUCAGCAUUUCAGCUAUCGGUGGUCUUGGGUAUGCAGGUUACACUUCAUACAAGAGGAGAACCUCAACUCAACAAGGAUUUGUAUAUAUCAUGUUGGAAGGAUAUUCGUAAGUUUUCUGUUGGAGAUUAUAGAAGUCAAGCUAAAUAUGCAUACCAUAUUGUAAACCUUUACAUUAUCAGAGUUCCAAUUCAUGUUCAAAUUAUUUUUGAUAUAUAAUAAUCAUAGAAUUGAUUGAUGUUGGAGUUCCAGUUUUACUUACUUGUAUAAAGGAGAAUGAUAGGAGCCUCUUUGUAAGUUUCAAAAAAAGAAAGAAAAUACGAGCCUCUUUGCUUCA